AUGCCAGAAAACUCCAAUGCGCCUAGAUGGCGGCGCUUUUUGGGCGGCGGCGGCGGUAGCGGUGGCUCCGGCUCUGCUUCUCCCCGCCAGAAUGAUUCUUAUGGCCCGUCGAAAUGGAGUAUGGGAGUCUUGAACGACAAAGAAACCAUCGAGGUUCCAGCAGGCUCUGUACUCCUGCUUGCAUCGCAUCGCAAUGAACCCCUUGGUUUGCGAAACGUCCAUGCGAGGAACUCCCAUUCUUCUAUUCCCACUGGUUUCGCUGUUGAUGAACGAAGGGCAUCAGCCUCCUCAGCAGCGGCAGCGGCAGCGGCAGCAUCAGUUGCGGCGGAAAGCCAUCGCCCGGCCAGUGCGAACCGUCCAGUUAGUGCGAAUGAAGGCAAGAAGAAAACAAGCGAUGGCGCCAUUAUCCUAGAACCCCAGCCUGAAGAUUCAGGAAACGACCCCUUGAAUUGGCCUUCCUGGAAGCGAGAUGCUGCUCUCUUAUCUCUUGGAUUCUACUGCAUGAUUGGUGGUGGUACUACUCCCCUGAUUGCUGCUGGUUUCACGGAUGUUGCCGAAGAUUACGGCGUUGACGUCGAGAGAGUGGCUUUAACGACCGGACUUUACAUGAUGGGUAUGGGCCUCGGCUCAGUCGUGUUCUCACCAACUGCAAUUCUUUAUGGCAAACGUCCAGUAUAUCUGGGCAGUGCUAUCAUGUUCAUUGGCACAUCACUUUGGUCUGCAUGGUCUCCGAGCUUUAACUCCCUCCUGGCCGCCAGAGUCUUUCAAGGCUUUGCCGUUGCCCCUGUUGAAUGUCUUCCGUCAGCUACAAUCGCCGAAAUCUUUUUUCUCCACGAGCGGGCAUACCGUAUUGGCAUUUACACCCUCCUUUUGCUUGGUGGCAAGAACUUGGUUCCUCUCGUUAGCGCAGUUAUCAUUGGCAGCCUCAGCUGGCGAUGGACCUUCUGGAUUCUGGCCAUGAUCAUUGCUUUAAGUGCCGUGCUUCUCUUCUUGUUCGUCCCCGAGACUUUCUGGGAUCGAACUCCUCACGCGAGACCCAAGCAUCCGUCAAAGAGGCCCAGUUUCCUUCGCCGACUCUCGUCUCGACACCAGGUUCAACAGACUAGAGAAGAAGGUUUGCUGGAGACCGAACAUGGACAACAGCCAGUUGAAGCAACCUCUAACCAAGAUGGACGACAAUCACCUGCAUCUUUCCACCAUCGGGGUAGGAACCUUCAUGUGGGUUGGGCCGGACCUGAUGCAGGUAAUGAAGAGUCUGUGGCUCCCGAUGUCGCUCCGGUGUCACCCAAAGCCGCGGUCAACCCUUCAGAGAAAGAUUCGGCGUCACCUUCUGGCGCUGACAACACUACCGGAAGCGAGUCCAAUGAUACUUCUUUCAAGUUGGGCCCGAACCUCGAGAACGAGAAGCUGGACGCUUCAAGCUUCCAAGAUUCACCCAAAGUCCAAGCAUACACGCAUAACCUUCGCCAACAGCCCCCUAAGUCAUUUACCCAAACUCUGAAACCCUGGCAUGGACGACUUAAUGGUGAUAGUUGGUUCAAGGUUAUGAUUCGCCCGUUUGUUCUCUUUGCAUACCCCGCCGUUCUGUGGUCAUCUGCCGUAUACGCUUGCUCUGUCGGCUGGCUCAUCGUCAUCUCCGAGUCGAUUGCCAUGAUUUAUCGCGACCGAGAGUCUUACAACUUCACUGCUCUUCAGACGGGUCUAGUCUACAUCUCGCCGUUCGUUGGUGGCAUUCUGGGAACUGGUGUAGCAGGAAAGGUCAGCGACAUUAUUGUCAAGACAAUGUCUCGCCGUAAUGGUGGGCUCUACGAGCCCGAGUUCCGUCUUGUCAUGGCCAUCCCUAUUUUGAUCACCACCUGCAUUGGCCUGAUGGGCUUUGGGUGGUCUGCCGAGGAGAAAGAUCACUGGAUGGUCCCUACUUUCUUCUUUGGUGUUGUCUCUUUUGGAUGCUCGCUGGGUUCGACAACAGCCAUCACGUUCUGUGUGGACAGCUACCGUCAAUAUGCCGGAGAGGCUUUGGUCACACUCAACUUCUCGAAGAACAUUCUGCACGGUCUUGUCUUCAGUCUCUUUGUGACCCACUGGCUCCAUGGAGAUGGUCCCAAGAUGGUCUAUAUCUGGAUUGGCAUUAUCCAGCUAGUCUUGAUGCUUUUCACAAUUCCCAUGUACAUAUUUGGAAAGAGAGCUCGCAUGUGGACGGUUCGAGCCAACUUGAUGGAGAAGUUCUGA